CUCUCCCCAAUCUCUCAUUUCUUCCUCUUCGACUUCAUCCGGUUUCUUCGAUUCCCCUAAUGGCGGCUAACAUUUACCCGAACGUCCACUCCACCGCAACCGCCGCCAUCGCCGGGGGCACGCCCGCCCUUCAAAACUCCGCCACUCCACACCUCAAAUGCCCUCGCUGCGAUUCCACAAACACCAAGUUCUGCUACUACAACAACUACAGCCUCGCUCAGCCCCGCCAUUUCUGCAGGACCUGCAAGCGCUAUUGGACUCGCGGCGGAACCCUUCGCGACGUUCCAAUUGGUGGUGGCUGCCGCAAACACAAACGCCACAAUAAACCCAAAUCCGCCAUCGUUGCCGCCUUGCCAAAUUCGCCGACCCUUCGCCAGCUGGCUAACCCUCUGCGUCCCCCAGCAGCCGAUCUCAGCUCACUGAUCCUCCGCAUGCCGCCGGCAACUUUGAGUAACCGCUUCUUUCCUAUGUUCGAAGAAGCCAUUCAAUCUGGAAUCGAAUCUCAUCACAUCAAUACUCUCCAGCAAUCGGCGGAAGCGGUCAAGAGCUACCAAGCGCCAUUGCUCUGUUAUGAUGAUCUGCCAACGGCGAUAUGUGAGGGAUUGAGUUUGAUCAAAGAGAAUCCCACGGAAGGAAUCUACUCGUUCAACGGCUACAGCUCCGCCGCUGCGGAAUCUGCUUAUCUCUACGCUUGGCCGGAAUCCUGUUCGUCGGUGGUUCGUCUUCUGUAAGUACCCGAAGCGCAACUUAGUUCAUCAUAUAGUAGGUUGUACCUCUACAGUGGUGGGAACGGUUCUAAUGGCGCCUAAUGCUAUUUUGGAGUCAUUGUGGCGAGAGGAACCUGGAUCCAUUAAUUCUAUCUGCGGAGAUUCGAUUUCUGUUGAUUUCUUCAGAUAAAGUUAUCAGGAGAACUAAAGGGAUUUGGAUUGGGGAUGAUUAUCUCUAGUUUCUAGCUAGUAAGUUUGUUUUGUUAUAUUUGUACAGGCAUGCCUUAGUGUUCUUUCUCUUCUUAUGGGCUUUGGUCGCCAUUAAUGAACAGUUUGGUUUGUUGGAAGA